AUGACUAUCACACAAUCAAUGGAACCAUUUUCGAAUGUUCCACCUCCACCAGCACGUCCACAUAGAUUUUAUUCACGACAACAACUUAAGGAAUAUUUACAAAAGGUUCACGAGUACUAUUCGAUUGUUGGACGACCACGAUUUGGACGUUUAGCAACAGAUUUACCAGAUAUACAGAAGACGAAAGAAAAUGCAUCAUCCGAAUUACUCUUAGCAUUAUUCGACAAUAAUUUAGAACAAAUCUUUGACUAUCUUGAUAUGGAUAAGAAUGGAUACAUUACAAGAAGAGAAUUUAAUGAACGAUUAUUAAAGUAA